CUGCGGAGGGUGGGGGCCCAGGGGCGUGCGAGGCCGGGAGGAAGGGGCGAGCGCCAGGGCGGGUGCGUGCGGUGCGUCUCCGGGGGUGGGCGCCGGGCGCCGGGCGCGGGCGGGUGGGGGGCGGGCCGGUGGCAGCCCGGGAGGGGAGGGGGGAGGCGGGCUCCGCCGGCACACGCCGCCCCUGGCAGGCGGCCUGAGCGCGUGCGAGGAGCUGCCGCCGCCGCCGCCGCCCGGGGUCUCCUCGAGCCCCAGAUUCCCCCAGCGCUCGGCUCGCAUGGCAGCCGCCUGGGCGCCCGGCCCCGCGACCCGCUAGGGGCGGCCCCGCGUCCCGGCCUGGCCCCUCGGCGGAGUCCGUCGGAUCCGGCCUCGCUCUGCGCCCCGGGGCGCGCCGCCUCCCAGCCCGAGGUGUCCGCACGUCCGGCGGUCCAUCCGUCUGUCCCUCCUGGGGCCGGCGCUGACCAUGCCCAGCGGCUGCCGCUGCCUACAUCUCGUGUGCCUGUUAUGCAUCCUGGGGGCACCCGCAAAGCCUGCCCGAGCCGAUGACUGCAGCUCCCACUGUGACCUGGCCCACGGCUGCUGUGCGCCUGACGGCUCCUGCAGGUGUGACCCAGGCUGGGAGGGGCUGCACUGUGAGCGCUGUGUGAGGAUGCCUGGCUGCCAGCAUGGUACCUGCCACCAGCCGUGGCAGUGCAUCUGUCACAGUGGCUGGGCAGGCAAGUUCUGUGACAAAGAUGAGCACAUCUGUACUACUCAGUCCCCCUGCCGGAACGGAGGCCAGUGCGUAUAUGAUGGGGGCGGCGAUUACCACUGUGUGUGCCUACCAGGCUUCCACGGGCGUGACUGCGAGCGCAAGGCUGGACCCUGUGAGCAGGCAGGCUCCCCGUGCCGGAAUGGCGGGCAGUGCCAGGACGACCAGGGCUUUGCCCUCAACUUCACAUGCCGCUGCUUGGCGGGCUUCGUGGGUGCCCGCUGCGAGGUGAACGUGGAUGACUGUCUGAUGCGGCCCUGUGCUAACGGCGCCACCUGCCUAGAUGGCAUCAACCGCUUCUCCUGCCUCUGCCCCAAGGGCUUUGCUGGGCGCUUCUGCACCAUCAACCUGGAUGACUGUGCCAGCCGCCCAUGCCAGAGAGGGGCCCGCUGUCGGGACCGCGUCCAUGACUUUGACUGUCUCUGUCCCAGUGGCUAUGGUGGCAAGACGUGUGAGCUAGUGUUACCUGUCCCAGAUCCCGCCACCAGGGCGGACAUCCCCCCGCGGCCCACCUCAGCUGUGGUGGUCCCUGCCACGGGGCCUGUGCCCCACAGCGCGGGGGCCGGUCUGCUGCGCAUCUCCGUGAAGGAGGUGGUGCGCAGGCAAGAGGCCGGGCUGGGCGACUCCAGCCUGGUGGCCGUGGUGCUGUUUGGGGCUGUCACUGCCACCCUGGUCCUGUCCACAGUGUUACUGACCCUGCGGGCCUGGCGCCGGGGUGUCUGCCCCUCUGGACCCUGUUGCUCCUCUGCCCCUCACUAUGCCCCGGCUCGCCAGGACCAAGAGUGUCAGGUGAGCAUGCUGCCAGCAGGGCUCCCCCUGCCACCGGACCUGCCCCCUGAGCCUGGGAAGACCACGGCACUGUGAUGGGGGGGCGCUUUCCUGCUCCCUCCUUCACCCCCUCUGCCGCUCAGACUGGAGUGGCCCUUUCUCAGCACCCCUCAGCUGGGGUUACAGACACUGAGGGAUCUCAGCCUCAUGCCAGAAAUAUUAUUUUUUUAAUAUGCAGAAUGUAAGAUGGGAAUUUUAUCCAAAUAAAACUGUGGAAGUGCA